AUGAUUACCCCUAUAUGGGAUAGCUUCGAGACAGAGGCUGACCAGCAAGCAAUUGAAAGAAUAGGUUUGUUUAGACAAGAUGUGAAUAUGAAACUCAGAAAUAAUGAAGCAAUUAUUAAUAAUUUUGAUUUGGAUCCAAAAACAGUUGAUCUUGAAAACUUAAGAUUGAUCCUUAUGCAUAUCAAGUCAGAAAGAGAAAAAAUUAGCAGUAUUCAUCAAAAAUUAGUCGAUGAAAAACAUAUUGCAAAGCGACAGCUUACUAUUAAAGAAAUAUGCGGUGAAAAAGACUUCACUAUAACAACAUAUACUGGAUUCAAUGCAUUUGUUUAA